AUGACAGUCUUACUAUCACAGUUGAAUGAGCGACUACUCGUCAAGGCCGUCGACAAGGAUGGCGCACAGCGUCCCGUGGAUAUGUUGGACAAUGACUCCAUUCGACCAACACCAGCCAAAGAUCGAACAUGGACUCAAUUCACUUACAUGAUGUUCUGGUUCUCUGCGACGGCAAACGUCAGCAAUUUGUAUUCUGCUUCCACGGGCAUGACCAUGGGCCUUACCAUGUGGGAGGCCAUUGCCUGCUCCUUUGGUGGGCAGAUUCUAGCCGGAUGCUUGAUGGCGCUGAAUGGUCGUGCCGGUGCAAUGUAUCGCAUUCCUUUCCCCGUGCUGUGUCGGUCAAGCUUUGGUCCUUGGGGUGCUUUCUGGCCUACUUUAAAUCGGGCAGUUAUGUCGAUCGUGUGGAAUGGUGUUAAUUCGGUUCAAGGAGCGCAGUGCUUAUAUGUCUUCCUACAUGCCAUCUUCCCUUCAAUCGAAAGAAUCCCUGAUAAGAUGGGAUCAAAGUCUGCCUUGACCUCAGCACAGAUGAUGUGCUUCUUCGUCUAUUGGAUCAUCAACUGCGCAUUCCUCGUUGUCCCCGUCCCGAAAAUGAAAUCGCUAGUCUAUGCCAAAGUAGUAGUCUAUUUUGCCGGUACCAUCGCAAUGCUAGCAUGGACCGUUUCUCUUGCUGGCGGCUCUUCCCAGUUCCUUCACAUGCCAUCCACCGUUCACGGCACGGAGAAGAGCUACCUGAUCUUAAAGUUCUUCUGGCUGGGUCUUGCAUCUUGUGGAACAUUCGUGUCCAACGCAGCCGAUCUUCAACGCUACGCACGGAAACCCAACGAUGUGCUCAUUGGUCAGAUUAUCAGCUUUCCGUUAUCGAAUCUGUUGGUUGCGAUCCUUGGAAAUGUGAUUGCAUCGGCUAGUAAGGCGAUCUUUGGAGAGUUGAUCUGGAAUCCUCUCAACUUUCUGGAUAAGUUGAUGGAAGGGGAGCGAUAUACCUCCGGAAACCGCGCAGCAUGUGCCUUCAUUUCGUUGGCAUUCGUAUAUUCCACCGUUUUCUCCGCUAUUUUCGAAAACUCCAUUCCCGCCGGAAACGACAUCGCUGCUCUCAUGCCAAGAUACAUCACCAUCAAGCGAGGAUUCUUCAUCUGCGCUGUCCUCUCAUACGCAAUCUGCCCCUGGUACCUCCUCUCCAGCGCCUCAAUCUUCAUCACAUUCCUAUCCUCCUACCAAAUCUUCCUUUCCGCCAUCGCCGGAAUCCUAAUCUGCGACUACUACGUAAUCCGCCGCGGUAAGCUGAACAUUCCAGCCCUGUACACCGCACACCCAGAGGGUCUGUACAGAUACUUCUACGGAUUCAACCUAUGGGCAUUCGCUACAUAUGUCAUUGCCGUGGCGCCCAAUUUCUACGGUUUCCUUAACCAGAUGGGUGUUAAGGCACCGCUUGGGAUUCAGAGAUUCUAUUAUGUUGCUUAUCCGACUGGGCUUUUGGUUGCUUUUUGUGUUUAUUAUGCUGGUUCUCUGGUUUUCUCGCCGAAGGGCAUGGUCAAGGGGAGGGGUUGGAGGGAGCCCAAGGACUAUGUUGAUGAGAAUGAUCCGGCCGGGGAGGAGGGAUAUGCGAUUGAUGGGGUGGAAGUUGAUGGUUCUGCGGCUGAGAAGGGGACUUUUACUGCUGCGAAGGAAGUAAAGUUUUGA